GUUUUCUCUCCACUUUCAUCGGUGCAAGUGCAACCAAGUGUCAAGUGCCAAGACCAACGUUGAAGAAAGUGAAAAGUGGUCAUUUUAUAGUGGUUUGGAGAAAUUGUCCAACAGUUAUUUUACGACACAACAACCAACGCAAAGCCUAAGAUUGAAAUUCAAUCAUUUAAUCGACUCAUUUAAUGAGAACAUGAAAAACCUUAAAUUAUUUAACCAACAGUUUUUGUUGUUUCGAGUGGAAGUUCAAAGUCUACAAAAAAUUAAAUUUAACCCAUUGCAACAUCAUUAAAACAGCGUAAUUUUUUCUAAAGAAAGUUCAAUGAUGCAUUUACCACCACUAAUUAAGCUGAACCUCUUCGUUCAUUCAAGAUCUCAUAUGCCAAGAAAGAAAACAACUUAUGUCUUGUCUCAAUCUUGUGAGUUGUUCAAGUGCCAGUCUGUUUACUCAACAAGAUGAAUAUAAAUAACAUGCCCAGCAAUCUUGGUACUCUUUGGAUAAGCAUAUGCUCAUCGCUCAUCUAUUAGUGAAACGAAGCGACAAGGCACAAGGAAGAAUGCGAAUGCGAAUCAUUCAUGCAGUGGAUGCAGUAAAACGUAAAAAGUAAAAGAACUAUAUAUGAGAACUAUAACAGACCAACAUCCAUCAGGACUUUUGUGUACAAUAACGAGGUGGAAUCUCAUGGUUGGAUGGAUUUCAUAAUAAUGUUUUAAUUUGGUAAAUGGGCUUCAAGUUACUCUUCCUGCCACCAUCCAGCUAAUUCAUUUGGCUGUUUUACCUCCGGACGAGACAAUAUUAUUUCUUCUGUGAUGUGAUACUGAUAUUUGGAUCUAUGUACAUAGAUACAUACAUCCAACAUGUAAUGGACAUGAUGCUCAUAUAAAACUCUUUAAAAAUUGGCAACGCAUUAGGUUCUAUCACUUGUAUUAUUUAUAACAUUAACAAAAUAUUAAAGCCCAGCUCGAAGUGGAGGAUCUAUUAGUAUUUAAAUAAAUAAUCAUACGAUACGGAUACUAUACUUUCGCCACUACCAUCCAACAAAACAUAACAUAUUAUUUCUUGAUUUAUAUUGGUCGUGUAGGAGGGUUGCCGGUUCCUCCGAAGUUGAAGUACAAUGCAUCAGACUAACUUUCGCCCUCAUUGCAAAUUUUAAUGUCUGAGACUCUGACAAAGUGCCAGGUAUAAGACCGAGCCAGAAAAAUUGCUAUCUUGUUCAAAAGUGACCCAAUUCAUUCACUCGUUACCAAAAUGCCUGAAGUAAUUUCCAUCAGUGAUUUUAUCGAGGAAACUCGUGACGAUUUCCACAACCCCAUCACAUCCACGUUUGUUUCCAGAAUACCCCACUGUCGGAAUAAAGUCAACCACUUGGAAGAGUGUUUGGAAGCUGAUCGAGAGGGUCUGGUGAAAAUGAAGAAGGCUAUGAAGCAGAUACACCAGAGUGGAACAACAAAUAUGGAAAGUGAGCUGUUGUUUUCGAGAUGUUUGGAAAGGGUGGGAUCCUCGGCCCUUGAUCAAGAGCCAGAACUUGCUGCUGCCUUUUUAAAAUUUGCAGUUAUUACAAAAGAACUCUCAAAUCUCAAAAAGACCCUUAUGCAAAACCUACAAAACAUGAUCCUAUUCCCAUUGGAUUCAGUAUUAAAAGGGGAUAUUCGCGGAGUAAAAGGUGAAUUGAGAAGACCGUUCGACAAGGCCAUAAAUAAUUAUGAAACUAGACAUUCCAAACUAGAAAAGGAAAAGAAAGCUCAAGCCAGAGAGGCUGGAAUGUUUCGGAAAGAAGUCAUCCCCGCGGAGAUAGCAGAUGAGACGGAGAAAGAACGACGACUCCUCCAAUUGAAUCUAAGCGAAUAUUUACUCAAGGCCAACGAAAUAAAGACGAAAAAGGGCGUAGAGCUUUUAAAGCACUUGGUGGAAUAUUAUCAUGCUCUCAAUAGCUAUUUUCAAGACGGAUUGAAAACUAUGGAACAUUUCGGCUCGUCCUAUGUUGGUAUUCUUUCUCAAACACUCACAAAAAUAAGACAGAAGCAAGAUGACGAGAGGAGAAGACUUACAGAUAUUCGUACUCUUCUCAGGACGACCCCUGUCUUGGAGAAGGAGGUACAUAAUCUUGCCUACAUGCCUGUGUCCGGCUCGCUUAUGAAUCUCUCGAACCCCAAUCCUCAAGCUGCUCCUGGUAGUUACUCAUUGCACCAAAUGCAGGGUAAUAAAAGCGUUGGUGUUACCAAAGUUGGGUAUUUGAAUAAAAAGUCUGAAGGAAAGAUGCGACGGGUGUGGCAAAAACGGAAGUGUGCAGUACAAGAUGGGUUUUUACAAAUAUUUCACGGUGAUGAAGGAAAGCAACCAACUAAAGUCAAUUUACUCACAUGUCAACUAAAAAUCGUAUCCGAAAAUAAGAAAUUCUUCGACCUGGUCUCUUAUAAUAGAACUUACCAUUUGCACAGCGAAGACGAGGCUGAGGAAUGGAUAUCAGUACUUCUUAAUAGCAAGGAAGCUUCAUUAUCCAAAGCGUUUGAUCGUCAGGUGGACAAUGACGGACUGGUGGAGUUGACCCAAGCCAUCUUCGGACAUAUUCAUCGUCUUCCAGGAAAUGAUAAAUGUGCUGAUUGUGAUUCUGUAAAAGAAGUAACAUGGCUUUCUGUAAAUCUUGGAGCAAUAGUUUGCAUAGAAUGUUCUGGGGUUCAUCGAACAUUAGGGGUUGGAGUGUCCAGAAUUCAAUCAAUUUCUUUAGAUCGAAUCCCACCUUCUUUGCUCAUUCUUUCUGCUUCAUUAGGAAAUACUGCGAUAAAUGAAAUUCUUGAAGAGAACCUCAAGCCUAGUGACAAGCCGGACUCGUCGGCUUCAAUGGAAAUGAGAACAGAUUUUAUUCGAGCAAAAUACGUUGACAAACAGUUUGCUUCGCCAAUUACUUUUGAUGCUGAGCUGCUAUCAAGGCGGGUAGAGCUUGCAAUUGAAUCGGACGAUUUGCUUCUUCUAGUCAGAACAUUUGCACAGGGUGCCAAAUUAGGACAACCACUUCCAACAAAAGAAAACGGUGAAACUCCGUUACAUGUUGCAGUCGUGAAAUCCUCACUACCGAUGGUAGAUUUUUUAGUUCAAAAUUCAGGUGCGUCUGACAAGAGGACAAAAUCUGGGAGUACUCCACUCCAUUACUGUGCAAUGUAUGGGAAAACAGAACCAGCAAAACUAUUACUUCGGGCAGGAGUUGAUCUACAAGUUCAAGAUGAAAAUAAAUGCACCGCACUUGAUGUUGCCAAACAGCGAGGUCAUAGAGCUGUAGAAGAUUUGAUAUUACAUGCAAUGGAAGGAAAGAAAACGCUGUUCGAAAGUGUAGAUUUCGAUUGGAAUCUUGGAGCAGAAGAUUCUACUGAUUUCUCCGAUGACGAAGCUACAGUGCUGGAUGAUCCAUCCUUGACGCCAGAAAAAAAGCGACGUCCAUGCUCCUUCCUUGAAAGUCCAUACAAAUCCUCAAAUAGUGAUUCGCGGAGCCUUGUUAGGACCCCUUUUGCAACUGAGGGCUCAUUGAAGAAUUCAAAGUUCAAACGAAGCGCCCCUCCCCCUCCAUCCCCAUUGGGUGGCCCAGGGCACCAGCGAAGUCCAUCAGAUACAUUGAUUGGCAAAUACGGGGGGCGAUUAGUCUUACCACAUGGAGAACCUCCUUUACUACGAAAAACUAGUAUUCCAAUUUCUCCACCUGCGUCCUCAGCAAAUUCGUCAUUUUCUUCGCAUAUUCAACACAGUACUCCUAUUUCUACACCAUACAGUAUGCUAAACACUUCGUUAAAUAUUAGUAGCACCGCAAUUACCCCGACGUCAUUACCUAGUCCUGUCGUUACUUCAUCCACGAUUAUUCCCAAUGGAACAAAAACCUAUCCGAUAGACCUUGGCAGCAUGAAGAGGUGUCGGGCUCUGUAUGAUUGCGAGGCUGAUAAUAAUGACGAAAUCUCAUUCCGGCAAGGUGAUAUUAUACUGAUCGUUAAUGAAAGAACAGAAGAUGACAAUUGGAUGGAAGGUGUUGUAUUGGACGAUGACAAUGGCAACCGUAGAGGAAUGUUUCCUGUGUCUUUCGUCCAGCUUCUAGACUAAUGUUUUAUUUAUACCCAAUUGUUAUUUAUUUAUUUAUUUCUUGACAAACUACUCAAUUGACAUACACUUCAAGUUUCUCCCUUUCAUAAAGCCAAACGUUUUAGAAAUCUACAUCUUGAAAUCAUACCAUUUGAACUUUUGAUGUUGUCUCACAAAAAUUAAGCUACAAACAUUAUUUUUAGAUAUAGCUUAUAGGCUAGAUCUAAUACUUGUCGAUGCAUUUGCCCUUAAUGAUCAAUCAUUCAAUAGCUACAACGCUUUCACCGAGUAUUUCAAUGUACAUCAUAAUGUUACAAAAUUCAUCCAUCUGUUAAAUUACUAUAAUUAGCAACGAUGAGUGUAAAACAAGAUACCUAUCUAAUUUUACCCGAUUUGUUUAGCCAAAUACCAAAAGUCAGGCAAAAUAACACAAAUAAUCAUGACUCAAUUUUGUCGAUAAUCAUAAGCAUUGAGUAUGAGCAUGUAGAUCAUUCUCGUAUAAUUUUCGUAUUUAUUUAUUUAUUAGUGACUCCAAAUAUUGUGAUAGCAUUAUUUGUGAAACAAUAGUUUAGGUAAAUUGUACUCACAUCACAUCAUUGGAUUGAUCAGUCAAAUAAUAAUAUUGUGCGACAACGAAAUGUUAAAAAAUUCUCAUCAUAAUCUCAAAUUUAUAAAAAAAAUCGUUUUAAUUACAAUACAAAGUUGACAGAUAUGGUAAGAUGAAUACUUAUGUACAUAAAUACGUAAGUGGGUGUAGCACUAAAAUUGUAUCUUGUCAAGUACAAUAAAAAUCUUAUUGUUAUGUAUUUGAAA